UCUGCCUUUGGGUUUGGCGCGCUUUUCCUCCGCGCGCGGUCCUCCCAGGUUUCUGAGGGCUAGAUCGGCGCGAAGGAGCCGCUGACAGUUGGCUGGCUUUGACGGGGGAGAUUUUCUUUUCCUCCGGGUCAGCUCUUGAAGCGGAGGGGGCGGGAAGACGGCGUGAAUUUGUACGGCAGGUGAAGCCUUGGGGUGAGGGAAGGCAAAGGCGCUCCAACGGCGAUCGGGAGCCUUGAAAGGAAGAGCUGAGCCCGGCAGGCGGAACAAGGGAAGACUUGGGACUUGGGCGUGGCGUGAAAUCGUCUACGUAGCUGCUUAAUUCUUGAACACAAUGUUCUCAGAGCAGGGUAUCCAGUCUGCACAGGGCCUCUUGACAUCCCCGUCUGCAGUGACUUCCACCUUUGCCCGCGUGCCCAUCUCAACAUAUACCAACUGCUCCCAGAAUUUCAGGCUUGGGGAGCGAACUUUCAGUCGGCAAUACGCUCACAUCUAUGCUACACGCCUUAUCCAGAUGAGACCGUUACUGGUGGACAGAGCCCGGCAUAAAUGGGGGAGCAACAUUACAGUGAAAAAGCUAUGCGAGUUGCAGAUCUCAGAAAAGUGUUGUGUGGUGGGAACACUCUUCAAGUGCAUGCAGCUUCAGCCUUCCAUAUUACGGGAAAUCAGUGAAGAGCACAACCUGCCUCCCCAUCCUCCCCGCCUCAAAUACAUUCACGAGUCAGAUGAACUGAUCCUGGAGGAUGAGCUGCAGAGGAUCAAACUUGAGGGAGAGAUACCUAUUGACAAGCUGGUGACAGGGACCAUCCUUGCCGUCUAUGGUACAGAGAAGGACGAUGGCAGAUUCCUUGUGGAAGAUCACUGCUUUGCAGAUAUGCCAACCCAGCUGCCUAUGAUGGGGCCCAGCACAGACAAAUUUGUCUUGCUGGUGUCAGGCCUGGGCCUUGGUGGCAAGAGUGGAGACAGUCUCCUGGGCAUGCAGCUUCUGGUGGACAUGGUGACAGGACAGCUGGGCGCAGAGGGGGAGCAAUCCAGCGCGGCCCUAAUUUCUCGGGUCAUACUGGCAGGCAACUUGCUUAGCCAGAAUACCCAGAGCAGAGACAGCAUGAACAAGGCAAAAUACCUCACCAAGAAGACUCAAGCAGCCAGUGUGGAAGCUGUAAAAAUGCUGGAUGAAAUUCUGCUGCAGCUCUGUAUGUCCAUCCCUAUCGAUGUGAUGCCAGGUGAGUUUGAUCCAACCAACUACACGUUGCCUCAGCAGCCCCUGCAUCGCUGCAUGUUUCCUCUCUCAAAUGCAUACACCACCCUGCAGCUAGUCACCAACCCAUACCAGGCAAACAUUGAUGGAGUCAGGUUUCUGGGAACUUCAGGCCAAAACGUAAGUGAUAUUUUCAAGUACAGCAGCAUGUCUGAUUAUCUGGAAAUUCUGGAAUGGACCUUAAGGAUUGGGCAUCUCAGCCCCACAGCUCCAGACACUCUGGGCUGUUACCCGUUUUACAAGACAGACCCUUUCAUCUUCAGUGACUGCCCUCAUAUCUAUUUCUGCGGCAAUGCACCCUCCUUCAAAUCCAAGGAAGUCAAAGGAGAAGAUGGACAGAAAGUCUUGCUGGUGACACUUCCUGAUUUCAGCUCAACACAGACAGCUUGCUUGAUCAAUUUGUGCGAUCUCACUUGUCAGCCGGUUACUUUCUCGGCCUUUGGUGAUGAUGAAGAAGAAGAGACAGUGAUGGAGACUGGUGACUGAGAGACAUGGACUUAGGUCUCCUUCUUUCUGGAACUUGGUAGUCCUCCCUGUUCCUGCAUUUUACUGUAAAGUUUGACCUUUGGUUCAGAUAGAUAGGAAUAGAAUAAAAUAUUCUGGUUUGUUUGUAUAUGUUUGAUCUUCAUGACCAAAAACAAGGGAAUUUCUUGUAUAAUUCAUUUUAUUCAAUGAAUACAACUGUUGGAAAAACAAAAAGGCUCAAGGCGACCCUGGACUGCUUCCUGGGCAGCAGCUGCUUCAAACUUAGAAAAUCACAAUCUUCCUUCUUGACUGUUGCAAUCAAGGCAACAGCUUUCCUUGAUGUUAGGAGGACCACAACAAAGUGAUACUGACUUUGUAACUGGGAAACAAUUAGGUUGUAUCAACUCCUCACUUUGGAAAAUACCCAGAAUGCUGGGUAUAUGGGAAUUCAAGCCAAAUCAAGUGAGCAAAACUGAAAGAAAGCCAUUUAUGCUUUGGAAACUUAACCUGAUUGGCAUA